AUGACAAAUUCUUCUUUUGAAGUAGUCAAGCAAGCAGUAAACCUUGCCUACAACAGUCUUCCUCAUUCUCUGAAAACAUGUAUGCUAUAUCUUAGCAUAUAUCCUGAGGGGCACAUAAUUUGGACGAAUGAUUUGCUGAAGCAAUGGAUGGCUGAAGGUUUUAUUAGCUUGACACAAGGAACAGAAAUCGAUCGAGUUGCUGAAAACUAUUUUUAUGAGCUUGUCAACAGAGGAAUGAUACAACCUGUAGAUGUUGACUAUAAUGAUGAGACUAUUUCAACUGAGAUAUAUGAAAAUUUCAUGCAACAUAAGUGUAGACCUGCCAUUGAAGAUGCAAGGGCUACAAUAUUUGGAAACAUUGGAGAUAAAUGCAAGAAUAACAUGAGAUCUCUGCGUUCUCUGGGAUACUUUGACCUUUGUAAUAACUCUGAAGACAACAUAAGAAACCUUGGUGAGCUGACUAAUCUGCAAGAUCUUCGACUUACUUGUUCGACUGUACCAUUUGACCGCUUGGAGAGGAACAUGGAAGUUGUCAGCUCUUUCCUAUGGAGACUUGGCAAUCUGAAAUCUUUAUCUCUGGUUCCUAGUCACAGUGCUUCAAGCAAGUGCAUUUCCUGCGAUGGUUUGAGAAUUGUGUCCACUCCUCCCAGACUUCUCCAGAAACUUGAGUUAUUGAUGCCUAUUGGUGUGUUCUCUAGGCUUCCCAAGUGGAUUGGACAACUUGACAAAUUGUGUGUUUUAAAAAUUGUUGUCAGAGAAGUACUGAGAUAUGAUAUCGACAAUCUCAUAGGAUUGCCUUCCCUCUCAAUUCUGUCACUGAAUGUUCGGACAGUCCCUUCAAGCAAGAUUAUCUUUCAUAAAACGGCAUUUCCAGCUCUCAAGUACCUCAAGUUCAAGUGUAGACUACUUUGCUUAAGCUUUGAGGAAGGAGCAAUGCCCAAUCUGAAAAGGCUCAAGCUAGGUUUCAAUGCACAUGGAGCAGAGGAAUACUGCAGUACGAGUGUCGGUAUUGAGUUCCUUUUGAGCCUAACAGAAAUCAAUGGAGUAAUUGGCGUCUUUGGUGCUAGUAAAUCUGACAGAAUAGCUGCAGAGCGCGUGUUGAUCAAUGUUUCAAAAGUACAUCCAGGUUGUCCUAGCAUCAAUAUCCAUCAGGUAGAUUGCAUUUUUGACGGUAAUGAAGCAAUGAGUAGCAAGGCUGAAGAAAAGGCAUACAUGUCUCUACAGGAAACACAAUGUCAGAUCUUGGAGAAAGUUUUAACUGAUCAACAUGGCAUUCUGGAACUUAACACACAGAAAAAUAAGGAAGGAAGAGUUGUCAGACGCUGUACAUUCAUAUCACAAAGUACAGCAACUGCCUGUGGCAAAACUCACACGCACUGUUACACCAUUUUUGCAGAGCAUGAAAGAGAUAAGGGAAGGAAGAGGGAAAGAGAGAUGGCUAGUGUAAGUGUUUCAACUGGGGUGAUGAACUCUCUUCUGGAGAAGCUCAACUCCCUCCCAUGUGAGGAAAAUUAUAAUCUCAAAGGUGUGCGGAAUGAGUUGGUGUUGCUUAAGAGUCAGCUCAGUGAGCUGAAUAUUCUCCUUGAGGUAUUAGCAGAAAUGGAUGAACCUGCUCCACUAGCAGAGAAGUGGAUGAGCCAAGUGAAGGAGCUGACGUAUGAUGUUGAGGAUUACAUUGAUGACUUGAGUUGCCAAGGUCAUUAUUAUGGUAAGGUUUUGUUCGCUAGAUGGAUUGCUCAAUACAUCAGUAUGUUAAUCGAACACUCUCAUGCCAAUCAGCGGAUCCAACAAUUGACGAUUGCCAUCGUGGAUGCAAUUCAUCAGCAUAAGAGGUAUAAACUUGAUUGCAGCUUGGCGUCUCCCUCUUUGUGCCUUGAUACUCGACUACCUGUACUUUUUGUGGAUUCAGCUGGCCUUGUGGGUAUUGAGGGACCAAAGAACAAGCUCAUCAAACUGUUAAUGAAUGUUCAUGCAGAGCAAGGGUUGAAAGUGCUAUCUAUUGUGGGAUUUGGGGGUUUAGGCAAGACAGCUCUUGCCAAUGAGGUGUACCAUGAACUUGGAGAACAGUUUGAGUAUCGAGUUUUUGUAUCAGUGACCCAAAGACCUCAGAUUGCAGUACUACUACGCAACAUGCUCUCACAGCUUGGAGAACAGAAGUCUGCUGAAUCCAACGAUGUGCAAUACCUCAUUAGCAAACUCAGGGAACAUCUAAAUAACAAAAGGUACUUCAUCAUACUUGAUGAUUUAUGGGAUGAGUCAGUGUGGAAUAUUCUUAGUUGUGCUUUUCCAACAAAUUCUCAUGGUAGUAGAGUAAUAACAACGACACGAAUUGAGACCGUGGGCAGAGCAUGUUGUGCUUAUCAGGCUGAUUUCAUAUAUAAGAUGCAAUGUCUGAAUGCUAAAGAUUCAGAAACAUUAUUUUUUAGUAGAAUAUUUGGAUCCAAAGAUCAAUGUCCUGAAAAUUUGGAAGAAGGCUUAGUUGAGAUUGUAAGGAAGUGUGAUGGGGUGCCACUUGCAAUUGUCACUGUAGCUCAACAUUUAGCUUCUCGGCAAACUACAUUUAAGGAACAAUUGGAGUCUCUGCGAAGUUCUCUGUGCACCAUACUCGGAACAUGUUCCACAUUUCAAGGAAUACGGCAUACAUUAAACCUUAGCUACAUAAAUCUUCCGAAUUAUCUGAAGACAUGCUUACUAUAUCUGGGUAUAUAUCCAACGGGUUACACUAUCAGAAAAGAUGAUUUGGUUAAGCAAUGGGUAGCUGAAGGUUUUGCGAGCAGCAUGCAUGGGCAAGAUGCUGAGCAUGUUGCAAAGGGUUAUUUCAACGAGCUUGUCAAUAGGAGUGUGGUUCAACCUGUAGAUACAGAUUACAAUGAUGAGGUGUUGUCUUUCAGAGUUCAUAGUUCGAUGCUUGAAUUUAUCAGGUAUAAAUCUGCAGAAGAGAAUUUUCUUACAGUAGUCGAUCAGUUAGGAGCAACAAGAGGACGCCCAGACAAAAUCCGACGGCUCUGCCUUCAUGUUAAUGAAUCAAGUGCUUUCAGAAUACCAGCAAGCUUUGAUUUGUCACAAGUUCGAUCUCUUCUGUUUUUUGGAGCUUCGGUUAUGGAUGUUUCCGAGUACAGGUUUCUUCGAGUAUUAAUUUUACAAUCUUUUGACAGUGGCCUUCUGCAGGAAAUUGACCUCACAGGAAUUCAAGCAUUGUUCCAACUAAGAUACUUGAAGGUUUCAGCAUACAUUACACUCUUACCUAGACGAAUUGGGAUGUUGCAGUAUUUGCAGACACUGUGCAUAGAAGGGUCUAGACUACUUUAUAUGCCACCUGAUAUUGUCUGUUUGCCAAAUUUGUCGCAUCUGAUUGUUCCAUCGCAGACAAGCUUGCCUGAUGGGAUUUGCAACCUGAAAUCCUUACGUACUCUGAAGUGUUUCGAUUUGGAUAUGAACUCAUCAAAGAAUAUAAAGGGCAUUGGAGAGCUGACUAGUCUUAUAGAACUUGAUUAUUUCUUUGAUGGAAGGAAACUCAAAACAGAAAAACAGGAUGCUCUUUGUUGUUCCCUUGGAAAGCUUGCUUAUGGUAAGCUAAAAUAUCUAUACAUUUCUGCUCCUGGUUCUGGUUACAAUGCUUCUAGGUUGAGUAAUGUAUCUCCAUCGCCCCAACAUCUUGAGAAACUAGUUCUUUCUGGCUGCUGGUUUUUACAUGUUCCCAAGUGGAUUAAAGAACUCCGUGAACUUUACAGCUUGGUACUCUCAGUUGAGGACUUGGACAUGAGUGAUGUCCGUGCACUAGGAGGAAUGCCCACCCUAGUCCACCUUUUUCUGGAAACCCGAAGGGGUCCUAUGGAAAACUCCAUCACCAUUACUGACAAGUCAUUCCCCGCUCUGAAGCAUUUUGAAUUCAGUUGUAGAGCACCAUGUCUGAUCUUCCAGGCUGGUGCAAUGCCCCAGGUUGAAAGGCUUAGUUUAAAUUUUGCUGCUGACGGAUGGAAUAAAUGCAAUUCUGAAGCCAUUGGCAUUGAGCGCUUGACUGAAUUGAAAGAAAUCUGUGUACAAGUUUUGGGAAGUGGUGCCAACAGAUUAAAUACAGAGUCUCGUAUCCUCGCAGAAGUUUAUUACUACUUCGAACAAUUCCAUGCUCAUGGUAAAAAUGUGCGUUACUCUUACAAUAAUGAUGUGGACCACUCUUACUUUAAUGAUGACGGCGAUGAUGAUUACAAUGGAGACUCUGAUGUGAGUUCAGUGAUAAGCGGAUGA